ACAUUCUAGGUUUCCCUCCCCUUGCCUUUUAUGAGUCUCCGCCCAUUAUCACUCGGAAUCUGUCAUCUUCCGCUUCGUCAUGGCGGAGCUCAGUGAGACAGUGUUGUUAUCAGUGUUGCCAAGUAUCCGUGUUCCCCGGUCUGGGGAUCGUGUCCAUAAGGACGAAUGUGCUUUUUCUUUUGACAACCCGGAGUCGGAAGAUGGGCUUUACAUCUGUAUGAACACAUUCCUGGCCUUUGGCAAGCAGUAUGUGGAGCGACAUUAUCAAAAAACAGGCCAGAGAGUUUACCUGCACAUAAAGCGCAUUCGGAAACUAAAAGAAGAUGACAACUCUAGCAUAGGAGACCCACCAAAGAAGAAGCCAACCCGUCUUGCUAUUGGUGUUGAGGGAGGCUUUGAUGUUACAGCACAACAGUUUGAAUAUGAAGAAACCGUUGACAUGUUCAUCUUACCAGAGCACUUGUUCAUCCCUCGAGAUGGCUUCUCAGGCUUACCAGAUGUUGUCCGGGAGAGGAUAAGUGCCUCUAUAGACGCCAUUUUAGCAGCUGACUCUGCUUCUCGGAAACAGGAGAUCGAGGCAUGGGAUGGCGAGGUGCGUCAAGUCUCAAAACAUGCUUUCUCACUGAAGCAGUUAGAUAACAGCCUGCGUAUCCCUCCAUGUGGUUGGAAGUGCAGUAAAUGUGACCUAAAGGAAAACCUGUGGGCAAACUUGACGGAUGGUGCCAUUCUAUGUGGUAGGCGUUACUUUGAUGGCAGUGGUGGCAAUAACCAUGCUUUGGAACAUUAUAAGGAGACUGGCUAUCCUUUGGCAGUAAAACUAGGCACCAUUACUCCUGAUGGGGCAGAUGUGUAUUCAUAUGAAGAGGACGAUAUGGUGCUCGACCCCAACUUGGCAGAACACCUCUCUCACUUUGGAAUUGAUAUGAUGAAAAUGCAGAAGACUGACAAGACAAUGACAGAACUGGAAAUUGAUAUGAACCAACGGAUCGGGGAGUGGGAGGUAAUCCAGGAAUCAGGGGUGCAGCUGAAACCUCUCUAUGGUCCUGGCUACACAGGAAUAAAGAACCUUGGAAACAGUUGUUACCUCAAUUCUGUGGUGCAGGUCAUCUUUAGCAUUGAGGACUUCCAGAACAAGUACGUUGGACAGUUGGAGAAAAUUUUUAAUGGCGCUCCAUCGGACCCAACACAGGAUUUCAACGUUCAAGUAGCCAAGCUAGGUGACAGCCUGCUUUCAGGUGUAUAUUCAAAACCCUCAACAGAGAAUGUAGCAGGUGAUGAUGAUCUGACUAUGGAAGAGAAGGGUGAACAAGAAGGAAUUGCUCCUCGCAUGUUCAAAUCUCUUAUUGGCAAAGGGCACCCUGAAUUUUCUACAAGCCGACAGCAGGAUGCACAGGAAUUUUUCUUGCACUUUAUCAACAUGGUGGAGAGAAACUGCCGGAGCUCAUCAAAUCCAAAUGAAGCAUUUCGUUUCCUGGUAGAGGAGAGAAUUAAGUGCAUAGCGUCUGAUAAGGUGAAAUACACUCAGCGAGUCGAUUACAUCAUGCAGCUGCCAGUACCCAUGGAAGCCGCUGUUAACAAAGAGGAAAUUGCAGAAUAUGAGUUGAAGAAACGGUUAGCAGAAGAGGAAAAGACUGCACCUCCAGACCUGGUCCGUGCCAAGGUACCCUUUGCAUCAUGUAUUGAAGCGUUUGCUGAACCAGAACAAGUGGAUGACUUCUGGAGCACUGCCUUACAGGCAAAGUCUGUCGCUGUCAAGACAACUCGAUUUGCUUCCUUCCCUGAUUAUCUGGUACUUCAAAUUAAGAAGUUUACAUUUGGAUUGGACUGGGUACCAAAGAAGCUUGAUAUUUCUAUUGACAUGCCUGAUGAGCUGGACAUCACCAUGCUGCGAGGGACAGGGUUGCAGCCCGGGGAAGAGGAGCUUCCAGACAUCGCCCCACCCCUUGUCACCCCUGAUGAACCUAAAGGUAGCCUUGGUUUCUAUGGCAACGAAGAUGACGACUCCUUCUGCUCCCCUCACUUCUCCUCUCCAACAUCUCCAAUGCUGGAUGAAUCUAUUGUCAUUCAGCUGGCAGAAAUGGGAUUCCCUAUGGAGGCCUGUCGAAAAGCAGUUUACUACACCGGAAAUGCUGGAGCAGAAGCUGCCAUGAACUGGGUGAUGUCCCAUAUGGAUGAACCAGAUUUUGCCAAUCCACUAGUACUGCCUUUCUCUAGUGGCCCAGGAUCAACCAGCACAACAGUUGAGCCCCCAUCAGAAGACAGUGUUGCCACAAUCAUCUCCAUGGGUUUUUCACGGGAACAGGCGAUGAAAGCAUUGAAGGCCACUAGUAACAAUUUGGAGCGGGCCGUUGACUGGAUAUUUAGCCACAUAGAUGACCUGGAUGCAGAAGCAGCUAUGGAUAUCUCAGAGGGGCGAUCGGCUGCAGACUCUGUCUCAGAAUCUGUUCCUGUUGGACCAAAGGUUCGGGAUGGACCUGGCAAGUACCAGCUAUUUGCUUUCAUUAGUCACAUGGGCACCUCAACAAUGUGUGGCCACUAUGUUUGUCAUAUCAAGAAGGAAGGAAGGUGGGUAAUCUUCAAUGAUCAGAAGGUUUGUGCUUCAGAGAAACCACCCAAAGACCUUGGCUAUAUUUACUUCUACCAGCGGCUUAGCUAGGACGAGGUCUGCCCACUACAGGCAAUAUUUAUUGUUUAGUUCAGAUUUAAAAAGCACCCUUUCCAAAACUGAACACAAGUGCUGUGGCUCGAAAAUGGUCACACACAGCAAGGUAACCAUCACAAGGACUUCCAACAUGAGGAAGGUGUAUAUUGUAAAAUGAAUGGAAAGAGAAGUUAAGCACAGCUGACUGAAGACUUGCUGUGUGCGUGCACAGUGUAUUUAUGCGAGUGCAGUUUGUGCACAAUAUUCCUCUACCAACAUGGAGCUGCUGACUCGGUAGUGCUUUGCUUUCUGCUGUGUCUCGGACUGUGGCAUUGCUGACAAAGAAGACUUUUCCAUUGUCCAUGUUUUGAAGCCUGAUAAGAGUGGGAGAAGCAGUAAAAUCAGAACAAGCCUUAAUGUUUAUGGCAAUUACAUGUUGCAUAAGGAGCCACAAAACAUCAACUAUAAAAACUAUAAAAUGAAAAAAGUAAAAAAAUAAAUGGAUUUCUGUUAAGUGUU